AUGAAAAAAAAUUAAUAUCAAAUCAAAAUAACAUAAGAUAGUACACCUUCAAUUGAAAAUAUAACAUAAUAAGAUAUCUUAUUGAAUUCGAGAAAAUCUAAAGUGAAAUUUGUUAAGGAUCCUUUAGAAAAUGAAUGUCCUUUAGAGUAGCCAAAUCCAUUUCUCUUCAAUGAAUAAUUGAAACAUAGUUUUAGGGAUUAUUUAGAAGGACAAAAAACUGCCUUAAACUUAGUUAAUGAAUGUAAUCAUAUAAUAGGUUAGACUCAUAAAAUGGAUUAAUUUAAACUCUUUUCAAAUGUAAAUAGAUUUAAAACUUAAUUGAAAUAAAGAUCAUCAAUAAGAAUGUUUAUGUUAUAAUAAAAUUCAUAUGCAGAUGAUCUCUUAUUACGUAAGAUCAAAGUUUAAGAAAGAUUUAAUAAAAUUCGACAAUUAAUUUAAUAAAAAAUGAAAUCAAAGAAUAAAAAUGAUUCUUUAAGAGAUGUUUAAAUGUUUAAACAUUUAUUUGAUACAUGUGAAAAAAAUAUAAAUAAAAUCAAAUCUAAAAAUUUAUUAUCUGAAAAGGCUGAUGGAAUAAGAGAAUAUGAUUAAAUUAAAUACUAAAAGAAUCCAAAAGGAUCUCUAAGAGUUCGAGUGAAUACUUGCAAAUAAUAAGUUCAUUCUCAAAUAAGAGUGAAGACCUUACCUUAAUAGUAAACACUACAUUUAACAAUGAAAAAAUAGAGAGAAAAGAUGAAUGAUAAAUUAACAGAAUUUUUAGAACAUGAUUUAAAUUAAGAAAGAAAUUUGUAACUUAAAGCAAGAAGAAAUUUAAUUAGAGAUUUAAAAAAAGGAAAUAAAAAGUUUCAUUCUUUUGAACCAAAUCAAUAUAAUUUAACAGAUCCACUUAGUAAGGAUGUUAAAUUAUAUGCAUAUAUGUUUAUGAAACCUAAUAAAGAUGAUCCUAUUACAAAAUCAUCAAAUCAUAAUAUUCUUUCUCGAAGUGCAAGAACUUAAAAUAAUUAAAACAGACAUUUUUUAGCUAAUUUUAAUGAAUAACUAUCUAACUUUAGAGAUAAGAGUUUAGAUGAAGAUUCAUCUUUUAAUUCUAUGUUAGAAAUAAAUAUUGAUAAUUUGUAUAAAAGAAGUGCAGAUUUAUAAAGUAAGAUUUUGAACACUAAAUCUGAAAAAUUAGUUAAAAGAAUAAGAUAAUUUUAGAAGGUCAAACAAUUAACAACACAAAUCAUUAAAGUUAAUGAGCUCAAACUCUCGAAUACUAAAUUAUUAUGA